GGGCUGCCGUCCCUGAGACGCGUGCAAGGGGCACGCCUGUCCCGGAGCCGCACGGCCCGCGCCGGAGCCGAGUGCCGGAGGCCGACGGAGCACAGGCUUUGAGACCAGACGUGCGAGUGUUUGCUGCUGAGCACUGCAACGCAGACGUCUGCUACCGGCCAAAGCUGAGCAGGGACAAACCCCCAACCCCCAUCGCAGACGGCAUGAAAACCAGCAUCGGAGCCAACACCAGCAGGGAGCUCGUGGAUGACAUGCUGACCAUCUCAGUGCCCUGCGAGCAGCAUGGAAGGAUCUUGCCUAGUGCCCCCAGCCUCACGUCAGCAGAGGUGGAGGACACACCGCUGGUGCGGGAGGGGACGAAGCUGCUGACUGAGCCCACGGCCGGGGUAGGGGUGGCAGCUGUGCUCUCCCCGGGAUCCCAGCAUGCACCGGAGAUGAGGGACAUCUGCAUCGUGCUGCGUGGAGGAAAUGUGGACCGGGGCUCCCUGGCCUGGCUCAUGGGAGCUUGGGGCAAAGAAGCUGCAGGAAACGAGUGGCCUGCGGAGCCGCCUACCCCAGGGAGGGGACACAGGGCCAGGGCAUUUCUGCGCUGUUGCUGUUUGUACCAGGGAAGCUCCAGCUACUAGUAAACCAGAGGCCACUCAGCACAAAAGGGCCUGGCUUUUGGGGAAGCAGGGGGAGCUCUUCCCUGCAGGGAGUGCGCAACGCCUAAUGCCGCAGCCCUGCUCUGCCCUGCCCGUCCAAAGUAGGCCAAGGUAGGGGACGGAGCCAGAGAGCUCUGGCAGCCAGGCCCAUGCACAGCCCAUGCCCACAGAGCUUGGAGACCAGCCAGCUCCCCUACAAUGAGAGCCUGGGCUCCGGCAGGAUAGAACAAGCUGGGGCUCCUUCCUAACAUAUCAAGGAAACAGGAGGAA